CUGUCGAUCGACCGAUCUCGCACAGUUCGCCGACGCCGCCGCUGCUCGUUGCCGUCUCCCGGUUUGUGUGCAUGUGUAUGUGUGGUGCCGUACGUGUGCGUGUUGCCGAUUCGUUGCGUUUGUUGCCGACGACGACACGUCUAAAUGGGAAGCGUGAACAACGCUGUCCGUUGUGGUUUCAUAUGUCGUCUGUGUUCGAAAAUCGACAAGCGCGUUGUGCACAUCUACGGCGAACUAGGCAGAAAAUACAAUUUAGUGCAAAAGAUCAGAGAUUAUUUGCCCAUUAAGAUUAAAUCUUCUGAUGGUUUGCCGCUUACAUUAUGUGUAUCAUGUGUUCAAAGAUUAAAUCGCAGGCACACAUUACAAAUGGCAAUAAAGAACAGUACUGCUCGUAUUGUAUCUCGCGCCAGACUAGAACCCACCACCGGAAGAGGCGAGUGUAAUCAACGUCAAGAAAUACAUCUCAGCUCUGCUGUACAGUCAAUUUGAUUUUCGUCUUCUUUUAAUGUAUAUACCUAUUUUUUUUUUUCAAUGAAGACUGUUAUAAAAAUUGAGUUCAAAACACAUGAGAUGAAUAAUGAAUAUAAAUGUUAUUCAAAUUUAUCAGUCUCAUCAGUGAAUUACUAAAAGUGUUUUACUAACGGUUUUUAUUAGAUUUAAGUUGAGCAAUAAGGUUAUUUAACAAAAAUUAUUUUAAGUGUAU